CCUCCCGGCAGCCUGGGAAACUUGGCGCUGCAGGAGUACGAGCCGCCCGGAGGGCCAGUCCGCGCCGGACUCCUGGCUCCAGGCCGGAAAGGUUUUGGCUGAUCAAAGGUCGAUGUUGCCUCCGCCUCCUGGCCGGGAAGGAUAAAUACGAGCGGCGGAGGCGCGCUGUACAGGCUGGGGGUCGUGGCUGUGGACCCCGUCCUUGGGCCCCGCCGGCGCUAUGUGGCUUUCGCUGCUGCUGCUGCUGCUGCUGCUGGUUGUGCCGCUGUUGGCGGUCCUCUGCAAAGGGCACCUGCGGCCGUUCGCAGGCAGCUCCCCGAACCCCUUCUCCGAGGACGUCAGGCGGCCCUCCGCGCCGCUGGUGACCGACAAAGAGGCCAGGAAAAAGGUUCUCAAGCAAGCUUUCUCAGUCAGCCGAGUGCCAAAGAAGCUGGAUGCAGUGGUGAUCGGCAGUGGCUUUGGGGGCCUGGCUGCAGCUGCGAUUCUAGCCAAAGCUGGCAAGCGAGUUCUGGUACUGGAACAACAUACCAAGGCAGGAGGCUGUUGUCAUACUUUUGGAAAGAAUGGCCUGGAAUUUGACACAGGAAUCCAUUAUGUCGGGCACAUGCAAGAGGGCAAGAGUAGCCGUUUUAUCCUGGACCAGAUCACUGAGGGGCAGCUGGAAUGGGUCGCCUUGUCUUCUCCGUUUGACAUCAUGGUACUAGAAGGACCCAACGGCCGAAAAGAGUUCCCCAUGUACAGUGGGAAGAAAGCUUACAUUCAGGGCCUCAAGGAGAAGUUUCCCCAGGAGGAAGCUGCCAUUGACAAAUAUAUAAAGCUGGUUAAGGCGGUGUCCCAUGGAGUCGUCCUGGCCAUCUUGUUGAAGACCCUCCCAUUGCGCAUAGCUCAGCUGCUCAGCAAGUGGGGGCCGCUCACCCAUUUCUCUGCCUUUCUUCAUGCUUCCACCCAGAGCCUGGAUGAGGUCCUGCGGCAGCUGCCGGCCUCCCCAGAGCUCCGGGCGGUGCUCAGCUACAUCUUCCCCACUUACGGUGUGACCCCCAGGCACAGUGCCUUCUCCAUGCACGCUCUGGUGACGAACCACUACAUGGAAGGGGCCUUUUAUCCCCGAGGGGGUACCAGUGAGAUCGCUUUCCACACCAUCCCUGUGAUUCAGCGGGCCGGGGGCGCUGUCCUGACCAGCGCUACUGUGCAGAGUGUGUUGCUGGACUCCACUGGGAAAGCCUGUGGUGUCACUGUGAAGAAGGGUCAGGAGCUGGUGAACAUCUGUUGCCCCAUUGUGAUCUCCAACGCAGGACUCUUCAAUACCUACAAGUACCUACUGCCAGAGAAUGCCCGCUGUCUGCCAGGUGUGAGGCAGCAGCUGGAGAUGGUGCGGCCUGGCUUGAGCGCCUUCUGUGUUUUCAUCGGCCUACGAGGCACCAAGGAGGACCUGGGGCUGCAGUCCACCAACUACUUUGUGUAUUUUGAAACAGACUUCGACAAGGCGAUGGAGCACUACGUCUCGAUGCCCAGGGAAAAGGCUGCAGAGCACUUGCCCAUCCUCUUCAUUGCCUCCUCCUCAGCCAAGGAUCCCACUUGGGAGGACCGGUUCCCAGACCGGUCCACGAUGAUCGUACUGGUGCCCACCUGCUAUGAGUGGUUUGAAGAGUGGCAGGAGAAGGCAGAGGGAAAGUGGAACAGCGACUAUGAGACACUCAAAAACUCCUUUGUUGAAGCCUCUCUGUCGGUUGUGAUGAGGCUGUUCCCACAGCUGGAGGGGAAGGUGGAGAGUGUGGUUGGAGGGUCCCCGCUGACCUACCAGUUCUAUCUGGCUGCUCCCUGGGGUGCCUGCUAUGGGGCCAGCCAUGACCUGGACCGCCUACAUCCUCAUGUGAUGACCUCCAUGAGGGCCCAAAGCCCCAUUCCCAACCUCUACUUGACAGGCCAGGAUGUCUUCACCUGUGGGUUGGUGGGGGCCUUGCAAGGGGCCCUACUGUGCAGCAGCACCAUCCUGAAGCGGAACUUGUACCUAGACCUUAAGAAUCUCAACUCAAGGAUCCAGGCUCAGAAGAAUUAGUCCAGAGUGGAGUCUGAGGAAUUUGGCUGGUGCUAUGGCACAGCCCUGGACUUAGCCAUAAUGUCUUCCUGUACUCGUUCUUUCCUCACAGAAGGCACUCUAACCUGUUUUUGAUUUCUGAAGAGGUCUGACACACAGGUCACAGUUCUUCAAUCACAGUUCUCAAGCUGCACCUCUUCCAGCUGGGCAGGUGAUUGCUCAGAGCUAACACUGCUAUCCCUGGUAAAAGGCCCGGGGUGGCCCAGUGACUUGGGCAGCCUGUUUGGUCAAGCAGUGCUUUGCACACUGCGCUCCCAUCGCCUCCCAACCCAGAAGAGUCCAACUGAGUAUUCUUUUGGUCAGGUGGACAGAACCCUCCAUAGUCUUGGUCAGCUGAAGCAGAUUGGGCCAGAUGUCCUGAGGCUUCUCUUCCUUCAUUCUCCUUGCUGCACCGAAGGAGUUCCAUACUGCUGUUGGAAAAGGGUGCCUAGAGAGGUUUUUGUCAAAACCUGGGCAUGGUUUUGGUUGUAGUUCCGUGGGUUCAGAGGCCCCCAGAGAGCCCGUUUUUGUUGGUUCCAGUGGGUCUUUCAGAGGGUGGGGAAACACCUAGGGUAGUCUCAAUGUGGUUGUGGGAGUUGGGGGUAAAGACGUUAGCGAAGUAUAUAUUGAAAUGUCCAAUCCACAUGCAGCCAGGCCCUAGGUUUGUCUUAUUUUCACAGUAACAUUGGGUCUCCACUGGGUCAGCACCAAGAUACCCUCAUGGAGCUCAGUACCUGAGCCUCAAAAGUUUAUCUUCCAAAAAUCCACAGCAAAGGGUGAUGUUAGCAGUUACGACACUGGACUGGAAAGAUGAGUUCAUGGGGGUUGAAGCAGACUGAAAGAACGUCCCAGGCCAAGGUUACAGCAGAUGACAACCACAGAGGUAACUGAUUGUAAGACAAAUAACCCAGCCGCCUCCUAGACCUAGAACAUGGGCUGCCUGGCGAGGAGGAGUGGGGCUGGAAAUCAGUCAGGAUCAGAAUGUGGAAAGCUACGUAACGAGCGUACAAAGGUCAGGGAUGGUGUUCCCAUUUAUUGGUACAUACGGGGGGGACUGGAUGGAAAGGUGAACAAAGGCUGAAGUUUUUUUUUUUUUAAUGACCUUUCACUUGUAUUAGGCCUUAUUUCUAUCAAUUUGAUUGCCAUUUUAAUAAAUUUAAUGUUUUUAUAGCUUUAA